AUGGAAACAAAGAUUCCAACAAGAGAUGUAACGGCAACAAAGGUUUUGGUGAUUGAGAAUGCAGCUGAAGGUACCUCAGCUUCUCCUGGGCUUGAUGCUGGACCAUUUGUUCCUGGUGCUGGUGGAGAAGAAGUGUUUGGGGUUGGUGAUGAAGUAGAGGGCGCUGGAGAAGAAGUGGUUGCAGGAGCGGGAGCUGGAGAAGAAGUCGUUGAAGGAGAAGGUGUUGGUGAUGUGUUUGUUGAGGAGCGUGAUGGAGCUGGUGCUGAAUUUGGUGAUAAUGAUGGGGUAGGUGCGGGUGCAGGAGCUUGUUGUGCUAUGCAUGAGGUAGCCAACAAGCCCAAUAUCAAAAACACUUUGAUUGCAACAGAACCCAUGUUAUGUAUGUUUUUGAUAAAGAAGAAAAAUGAGAAGAGAGUAUAA